AGAGGCAACAAUAAAGAUUAUGAUGAAGGUCGAGGUGAAAGUUAAAAUAUUGAUGAACAUUCUGAGCACAGCGAACCGUGAAGCACUAAGCGAUACCAUAGAUACUAGAAACGGACCUGGAUAUGAAACAGGAUGUGCUUAUGCUCUUGGCGCCGGAUGUGACGUUUACACAUUGGACAGUACCACGUGAAGACAUGAUGGCUGUUAUUGCUGAGGCUCAAACAGUUGAAAUGAAGCUUAUUUUACUUGAAGUUCAGUCCAUGGAAGAGUUUAAAAUGGAUACUGCCAUUAGUAAACGUGUCCUGUCUAAUAUUACUUUACUGCUGUCGUUACAAGAUGACAGGAAGAAGACUUUGGAGGCAUUUGCUUCAAGACUUCAGGAAAAGGUCAAAGAAAUGAUUUUGCCCUCUAAUUACACUAAACUUCAUCAAAACCUUCAUACAUUCAGGUCCAAUGUUCUACCAUUGUGGCUGUCUCAACUGAUAGCAGAAUCUAUACCACAGAGUUGUUGUUCAGAUUUUAUUCUAUGGCAGUGCUUCCUAGACAAGAUCUUAGAAAAGGAGCUCUUUAUAAGAGAAGUUGAUAGGUUACCAUCUAAGGCAAGAGUGUUAAGUCAUGUCGAACAGAAUGCCAUAAGGUAUGCUGCUGGCUCUGUAAUUCGUAAACUUCAGCUGAAGUGGAAGUCUGACCAUGAUAUACAAGAGUGUUUGUGCGUACUAUUACAACUAGAAGAAGAGGACUGUAGAGAUUCCACUGAACAAUGGAUAGAAACUACUGACAGAGGAGGAUUGUACUACAUCACAUCAAUGAUGUGGCAUAUGAACUGUUCGUUGAGAUUGAACUUCUUGUCUACCAGCAAUUAUCACAAGAUCAACAAAAAGGUAUACCUGAAUUACUUAGGAUUGCAUGUACAGAUCAAGAUAUUCUGGGUGUAUGGGCCACUUGCACAGUAGAUAUAAAUGAUGCAACCAAAACCGAAAUCCUGCUCAAAGAUAUCGUAAAUGAAUGGAUCAAGAUACGGGGCCACUCUAUUGUUAGUAUGCUAAUGGAAAAUUACAAGAAAAAGAAAAGCACUACAAACAAGAAACGGAGUUUACGAACAGAAAUGAAACGAACAGAAGAAGGAACUAAAACAAACAAAAUAAUGAGAAUUAGUGAUUAAAUUAUCCAUUACUUUAAUUAAUUCAAUAAAUUAUUAUCUUUAACAUUUCAAUAAAUUAUUAUCAUUAAAAUAAUAGUUAUUGCCUUCUAGGCUUUUUUCUCAAUGGCUCACUAAGUUCCUGAACAUCGUGAAACAGCCUUCUUUUCUG